UCUUAGUGAAUAUAACGCCCGCAUAUUGCGUGUUUGUAGCCAGCUCUUGCCAUCUACGUCUCCUUUUUGCUGUUCACAACUGCGACAAAUACAUCACGCGCGACAAUGCAAGCACUGCCCUCUGUAAGUCAUCCAGCGUUUGAAAGCACGAGCCGACAAAGAAGAAAACAGCCACCCUGACGGCCCUGACCCGCAGUUAUGUCAGGAGCGCAAGACUCGAACGUGCACAAGGACAGGGUCCCGUCCUAUAAUGAAGACAACACCUUCGACAGCGGAGUUGACAGUAGCACCAGGUCGAGCUCUAAGGCAGGUAAGCGCAGCUCGAAAAGCCGCUCGCGAAAAAAGAAAUCGCGCAAAGGCGCCGACGCCACAGCGGCGAACCACGUCCAACGCGACGAAUUCGACACCACCACCUCUAAAGGGUCAUCGAAGGGCGGCGAUGCCGCAAAUUCGAAGUCAACGGAUUCUUCAAAACUGGUCUCGCCUGGCGCCUCGGAGAAAGUGACUACGAUGGAUGAAAAGCCUGCGGCGAGCAGGCCUGCUGGCCAGCUGAUGACCCUGGUCGACGAUACGCGGCCCGAUGACGAGCCACUUACUCCAGCGGAAGCCGUCGGCGAGCGUCUGCCGGAGUAUCCUGCGCGGAAGCCUGCCGUAAAGCCAGCCACUGCGUCUCGGGAAGCGGAGACGGCCGCCCGUCCGAAGCAAGGCCCUGGCGACCAAGUUAGCCCAGCUUCUCGGGAAGGCGUCGUCGCGCAGUACCCUCCGCAGCACGAAGCUACGAGGGCACGAACGCUUCCAUCGCCUUCACCCGGCGAGCAUCCCAAGAGAGCGACAGAGCUCAAUGCCCUGGCUAAAGUCGAUCUCCAACAGUCGCCGCAAUUCGACAAAGUCGAUCACUUGAUUGCCAGUCUCUCGGGCAUGCACACUCCGCCGAGGACGCAGCCGCUGGACUGCAAGCCUUGCGUGCUGUGCUUCGCCAGUUUCACCAUACUGUUGUCCGUGGUGUUCAUCGUGAUCAGCCUGUACCGGACGGAUAACGGAGAAACGGUCGUCUGCGAAACUGACGACUGUCGCCAACACGCGGCGUUGGUCACUGCCGAGAUGGACACGACAAUGGACCCAUGCAACGACUUCAGCGCCCGCGUGUGCAGUUCGUGGCAGCACCGACAGUCGCCGGCAGCUCGGGAGGUGACCGGCUUGCCCCCCUCUGUGCACGCUGACGCACUGGCGGAGUGGUUGACGAACUUUAAGGACGUGGUGGACGCCGGGAUGCAAAGAGUGCCGGCAGGCGACCGAGCUCGAGCGAUGUACGAUGCCUGCGUGAACCCCACUAACGGCUCCGGACUAGCGCUGCUGCGUAAAUUUAUGGCAGAGCUAAACAUACCGUGGCCGGACCCACCAUCCACCAGCGCUAGUCCCUUGGGCGUUCUCGUAAAUCUCGCAUACAACUAUCACACACCACUAUGGUUCAGCAUUCGAGUCGUCAGCACGAAGAGCGUUCGCGUCGUGGUCUUCGGUCCAGGGCAAUACGUCAUCCCGCUUUCGAGACGUCAUGCGCACCUCGUCGCCGUUGGCGAGUACGAAAAGUACUGGCACGUCUACUACGAAUCGUUCAGCAACGCUUUACGCAAGAAGUCGAAGCCAAGCGAGGCUGCUAAUGUUCGAGUUAGGCCAUCAGCGCAGAUGCAGAGUUUCGUCCUGACGGAGCUGUCCAAUGCCACGGCGAAAGAAGGAAAGCAAAAUGUAUUUCGUUCUCGUUUUAAGAUCCAUCAGUUUGACGAGCUAACCAAGGAGGUCCCUGCGUCCGAGUGGCUUUCCGAGCUCAACAGACACCUCGACCCAUCGGAAAGCUUCACUCGUACAGACGAGAUAUUCGCUAACGGCAUCGACGUCGGUACGGCUAUAGGCACCAUUUUCGGUCACUAUACGAGGUACGAGAUAUUAGAGCAGAUCGGUUGGCUCUUUGCAGACAUCUACGGACCUCUAGCCGACGACAAGCUUUUGUCAGAAAAGUACGACGAAAAUAACGCGGCAGAAGCCCGGAUCGCGCUUUGCGCCACUGAGGUGGAAAAAGCCUUCCAGCCGCUGGUAGCGGCGCUUUACGUGGUUGCUCGCUUCGGUACCGAAGCAAGAGCAGCGACCAUGGAGAAACUGCACGCAGUCGUCGACAUGGCGCGUUUGGCGGUUGCCGACGCCGUCUGGAUGGACAAUUAUACCAAAGCGCUGCUCCGGAUCAAGAUCCACAACGCAAGCCACAACCUGUGGCCACCACUAAUCAUGCUAAGCCAGAACGGCCUCUCACAGACCUACGCCGCGUUUCCAAGUAAAUGGACUUCUUUCCUAGAGACAUGGAUGACAGUCUUAAAAAUGAGUUCCGACCUCACGCACCGAAAGUUUGGCUAUAAUUAUUUGCCUAGUCUACUCGUUGGCUACCGGCUGCCACUGUUCGACUACGACUACGUCUCGAACAACGUGUUCACGUCGGUAGCAGCCCUGACAAGCCCUUUCUACUACGCGAACGGGACCUUGUCCAUGUUCUAUGCCGGCAUCGGCUUCUUCUUUGCCAAGGAGCUGGUCAGGGCCAUUGACGACACGGGAGUGACGAUCGACCUGACGGGAAAGGAAGCCGACGUGUCCAAGGAGACGAGCGACCUUUCCAGCAACGUGAGCGACCUGUGGCUGACCGCGACAGCUGUCGCGAGCUCACAUAACAGAUCGGCGUGCCUGAAGCCAAAAUACCGUAGCGUAUUUCCGGAGGUUCCGGCGCUACAGAUCGCCUACGCUGCGUACAAGUCCGCCCUCACUUCCCUCGGCGACAUAGAGAGGAACCUGCGAGUCUCGCACCAAUACACUGAGGAUCAGAUGUUUUUCCUGACGCUGUGCUACCUGAUGUGCUCGCGGCCGAGCGACGAUGGGCCGCCGCUGGGCGACUGCAACAAGGCCGUCAGCAGCUUCCCGGCCUUCAGUGCUGCCUUUGGCUGCGCCGAGGACGCGCCCAUGAGUGCCUCCUCCAGGCGGUGCCUCUACUUCUAAACAUCAACCACCCGCGCCACACGACUGCCUGCAGGAACUAUUAGUGCCCGUGACUGUUAGCUCGCCCAACCGUGCCAAGCCGCACAUGUAGAGACGUCCGCGCUACGGUCGAGCGCUUGAGCAGCGUGCUGCGAAUCAGGAUGGAGUCGGGAGCAGAGCGCGUUCGGACUCGAUUACCGGAGGCGACGCGAACCACAAGAUGAAGCUGCGCAGUUCGUCAUUUUUCUCUGGAUCUUGUGGUUUGCGCUGUUACAUCCUGUAAUGUAAGAGAGAGGGUUGCGUCAUUGCUCUUUUUUGAAAGCAUACUUGUUAAGAGUGGCAGGAUCAAGGAAGCAGGAGCAACACGGAAAGUCUGCGUCUGUUCUAGCAGCACAUAACACUCGAACGCUGUGGACAGAAAUGUGGCUGCUGCUUUAUGUUUACGUAAAAUUGAUGCACAUUCUUUAGUAUCAGUUUGUUUGCUUAGGUAAGCGCCCGUAUAAGCUUUUGAAAGUUGUAAUGGAUAUACAUGCUUGAGGAAGCGAAAAUCUUGUUUUGCGGC